UUUUCUAACUGACAGUUGGUCGGUCUUAUUAGGGGUCAGGGGGGGUUGUCCUCCCGCAGAGUUGCGCUCUUUGCGUGCGCACAAGUCAGUAAAGGGGAGACACGCUGACUGCUGUCACCGAUCGUCCCAGAACUGUUCAGGCUCUUUCAUCCUCCUGCUGGAUUAGGACGAGGAGGAUGGAGACGACUCCCAUCCCCGUGCUGACGGUCCAAACGGCCCCGUUCGACGACCAGCGGCCCGGUACCAGCGGACUGCGCAGGAAGACGGCGGUGUUCGAAGGGAAGAAGAAUUACCUGCAGAAUUACAUCCAGAGCGUGUUGUCCUCCAUCGACCUGCGGGACAGACAGGGCUGCACCAUGGUGGUGGGCAGCGACGGACGGUACUUCAGCCGAACCGCCAUCGAGGUCGUCGUGCAGAUGUCUGCGGCCAACGGGAUUGGUCGUCUGGUUAUUGGUCACAAUGGGCUCCUGUCCACACCUGCUGUUUCAUGCAUCAUCAGGAAGAUAAAAGCCAUUGGUGGUAUCAUCCUCACGGCCAGUCACUACCCUGGAGGACCCGGUGGAGACUUUGGAAUCAAGUUCAAUGUUGCAAAUGGAGGUCCAUCUCCAGACACAGUGAUGGAAAGGAUCUACCAAGUGAGCCGGACACUUGAGGAGUAUGCUAUUUGCCCCGAUCUCCGAAUUGACCUCUCCAGGCCGGGACGACAUGAUUUUGACCUGGAGAACAAGUUUAAACCAUUCAGAGUGGAGAUCGUAGACUCAGUUGAGGUUUAUCUGCAGCUGCUGCGAAACAUUUUUGACUUCACUGCCAUAAAAAGUCUCCUCACAGGAACAGAUCAGCUCAAGAUACAUAUAGAUGCCAUGAACGGAGUGAUGGGCCCUUAUGUACGUAGGAUCCUGUGCGAUGAGUUGGGGGCCCCUGCUAACUCUGCUGUCAACUGUGUUCCUCUGGAGGAUUUUGGUGGCCGACCACCUGAGCCCAAUUUGACUUAUGCCACCUCUCUGGUAGAUGCCAUGAAAGGAGGUGAAUUUGGCUUUGGAGCUGCAUUUGAUGCUGAUGGGGACCGGUACAUGAUCCUUGGAGAAAAUGGUUUCUUUGUGAACCCAUCAGACUCAGUUGCCAUCAUGGCCGCCAACCUCUCCGUCAUGCCCUACUUCAAACAGCUGGGCUUAAGGGGCUUCGCUAGGAGUAUGGCCACCAGCACAGCUCUUGACAGGGUUGCCAAAGCCAUGAAGAUGGCAUUGUACGAAACUCCAACAGGCUGGAGGUAUUUUGGGAACCUAAUGGACUCUGGGAGAUGUUCCCUCUGUGGAGAGGAGAGUUUUGGCACAGGUUCAGACCACAUUCGUGAGAAAGAUGGUUUGUGGUCAGUAUUGGUUUGGUUGUCCAUGAUGGCAGUGAGGAAGCAGAGUGUGGAGCAGAUUGUCAGGGAGCACUGGGCCAAGUUUGGACGCAACUACUUCUGCAGGUUUGACUAUGAAGGCCUGGACCCACGUGCAGCUUUUUACCUCAUGAGGGAUCUGGAGGCGGUAAUCUCAGAUAAAGCAUUCACCAGCCAGAAGUUUGCAGUAGGAGACCACAUGUACAGUGUGGAGAGGGCCGACAAUUUUGAGUACAUCGACCCUGUGGAUGGAACUGUGGCUCGAAAUCAGGGUUUAAGGAUUAUCUUUACUGAUGCAUCGAGGCUGGUGUUUCGGAUGAGUGGGAGCAGCGGAGGAAUGGGUGCAACCAUUCGGAUUUACGCUGAAAGCAUCGAAAGAGACUCUGAGAGGCACAGCAGGGAGACACAGGUGGUGCUGGGUCCUCUCAUCGCCAUUGCCCUGAAGCUCUCCAACAUCCAUGAGAGGACAGGACGCCGUGGCCCCAAUGUCAUCACAUGAACAACCAAGAUCAACACACG